ACCUUAGAAAUUACCCAGGGUUACCCAUAGCCCUCUGUUUUUAUAAGCUCCAAGUACCUAUCCAGGAGUCUCUGAAUAGACCCUAUCGUAUCCGCCUCCACCACCGUUGCCGGCAGCCCAUUCCACGCACUCACUACUCUCUGCGUUAGUGCCAUGCAGUUUUCGGACCGUGUAAACUUUUCCCACUCGGAGCAACGGUCAGUCCACAGCGCUGUCAGAGAAGCCUCAGGGGGAACGGUGGUGGGCAGUACACAGUGCCCCCUUCUCCCACAGCUCCGUGGCAAAGCUCUCGCGCUCGUGACUGAGAUUCUUUCUGUCACAGGUGAGCCGGACGCUGGGUGGGCGGAGGAGGAUGAUGCCCAUUCCCUGACUGACGUUGGGAAGGAGGCAGACGGUGAUGAGGGGCCGCUGCAGGACGGGUCCUCCCUGCCUGACAGUGAACUGGCACUCUUUGACCCAUGUGCCAAGGAAGAGGCCGCACCGGCCUGCGCUCGGCAGAGUAACCUGGAGGCGCUCUCAGUCCCCAGCGGCCGGGCGGAGGAGCCCACUGACCCUGAGGACCUGGAGGCCAGACUGCACACCCUGAGGGUGUCGUCGCCGGACAGCGAGCACCCGCUGGGGACGGACGAGCUGGAGGGGACCGACUACCUGAGCGCGGCUGCGGCCUGCAUCAAACAGGCUCUGGAGCGGGAAGCGGCCCAGGAGUAUGAGGCGGCCUUGAACUGUUACCGCAGUGGGGUGGCCAUUCUGCUGAAGGGCCUCCAGGGUGAGCCAAGUGCAGAGAGGCAAGAUGCUAUUAAAAAGAGGGUGGCUGAGUAUCUGAACCACGCAGAGGCCAUCUUCACUGUACACCUCGAGGACACGGUAGCGAAAGAUGCCACGCCUCCUUCGACUUCCUUUUGACUCUCACUGCCAGUGCUCAAGUCUCCGCCCUCCCCCCUGUUCAGCCCGACCAACCGGACCCGAAAACAUCGACUGACCACGUGGGUGGCGUGACACGGUAGCGUGGCCCCGGGCCGUCGGAGUCCGGAGUCCUCACGCAGGGUCCCCUGAAGGGUAACCUGCGGGCUGAGCCAGUGGUGAGGAAGACGAGUACGAUGUGAGCAUUCAAUUCGAGAGGGCGAGGAUGUAAUUCCCUCCAUCUUCCACCUGCCCAUUUCUGACACGUCCCUUCCCUUUCUUGCUCUCACUGUCCCUGUCUCCGGAGACAGCUUAUCCACUGAUGGCUGUUAUAAGCCAGCGGACUCUCACAGCUCCCCGGACCGCCCUGCGACUUGUAAAAACGUCUCUGCCGCAUUUGCUCUCAGGAUGAGGCUUUUCUAUUCCAGAAUGAAGGAGAUGCCCUCCUUUUUCAAAGGAAGGGGCUUCUCUUCCCCCUCCAUCAAUGCUGCCCUCAUCUACAUCUCUUCCGUUUCACAGACGCCUGCUCUUACUCCAUCCUCCUGCCACCCUGCCACUCUUAU